AUGCCCCUCCUGAAGAGGAAGCCGUACGCGCCUGGGGUCGGGCUGCCGCCCGACCUCAAGCAUGGCGAGCAGGUCUUCGUGCUCCGCCUCACGGGGGAGGCCUUCCGGGCGUACGGCGACUACCUGGCCAAGAUGCGGCUGUACCAGGGACGGGUGUGGUCAUGUCGCUACACGGGGCGGACGGGGCUGACCUACGAGGAGGCGCUCAGGGAGGAGGCCAAGGCCACCGCUCUGCUGGCGAAGUUCCCGGCGGAGUGCGAGGAGGUGGCAAUUCGGAUGGUGCACCACUGCUCGGCGCGGCUGGAUGAGCUGGUGAACCGCGUGUACGAGGCCUUCAGGCCCAGGGCGGAGGGCGGCAAGGAGAACGAGGGCGCGGACCGCGUGCGCCACCCGCUGCCCCGAUCGGUGAUCCGCCGAUGGGUGCAGGAGGUUGCCGUGCAGGAGCGGGUCGAGGGGAGGCGAUCUGUGUGGGUGGCCAAGGGAGAGUGGGCGGCGAAAUACGGCCUGUGCAGGGAGAUCCCGGAGGCCCUGAGGAGGGAACUGGUGGCGGGGGCCAGGCCGGCCGGGGCCAGGGCGCCAGGUCCUGAGAGUCAACAAGAUAGUGCUAUCCGACGCCCGGAGUCGUCACAGGGUGACCCCAACACACACAUCUCUCGGCAGUCUGGGAGGGAAGGCGGGAAUGGCAGAUCUGGCCUCAGGCCCAAUUCUUCCACCACUCAGCUGGCCAUGCCACUCAGAGGCGCCACUCAGGGCCCUGCCUCGCAGGGCUCAAGAGGCAACUUUCGGACUGGCAGUAUGAAGUAUGCAGCAUUCCAAGUUCUGAAAUAUGCUGGAGCAGAAGGUGCCACUGCAGAUGAGAUAAUCAAGCAGGCCACAGAGAAGAACCUCAGAUCUGAAUGGGGCGCCGGUUCGCGUAGAACACUCCUUGCUAGCUUGAACCAAGACAAGGUGUUUGCAAGGACUGGGAUGGGAAGAUACGCCCUGUCAGCGCUCACAGGAGGGCUGGACCUGAGAGUCAGAAGGAAGAGUUACUUGCAGCAGGGUGAGAACGGAGAGAACGUUGGGCCCACUGGAUGCCAGGAAGCAUCCCAGGGUGCACCCGAAGGAAGAGUCCUUGAAGAUGGGAGGUUUCAGGUAUCAGAGCCUGGAGUGAGUGGACUGGCAGGGACAUGCUCAAGUUCUGGGACAGGCGCACCUGUGGCCCCAGAUCCCAUUGCCAUGGCCGAGCAGGUCGAGGCACGCCAGGCGGCAGUUCUGAAGCGUGCAAAGGCACAACUGGAGCACCUCAAGGGCAAGCUGAAAGAUCUGCAGCGGAGGAUGAAGGAGAAGGAAAUGGAGAUCAAGCACCACCCUGGGACACCAACCAAAUCUCAGACGCCUGCCCAGAGUGAGAGAUUGAAAAAGGACAGGGUGAAGAGCAAGACUGUGCUGCGGAAGGCGGUGAAGUUGGAUGAGAAGGCGAUCAAGGCCGUCUUAGAGCAGAUAGAAGAAGCAAAGAAGCAGGUUGGGGUUGAGACAAAGGCAGCUGCUGAGGCUGCGCGCAACACAAGACGGGAGAAAAACAAGGCUGAAAGGGAGGCAGAACGAGCUCGCCGGAAGCAAGAAGCCCAGGAUGCCAAACGGUACCCAAUCGAUGACCUCCUGCUGCUGGAGGAACUGCAAGACAAAGCCAAACAAUGGGGGCAGCCAGCAGUUCCACAAGACGUGCAUCGCCCCACUGCCUUUUCAGACGUGAACAGUGAGACAACGUCACGGAUGCUGUACGUUUCAGACUUUCUGUCCGAGUUUGGACCCAGGUUGCACCUGCGACCAGUGCACUUCACAGAGCUGGAAGCUGUGCUCAAUGGCGGCAUGGUGGGCAUAGACAGGUUUGGCACAACUAAGAAUGGCAUGGACGGAGGGAUAUCACUUAGCACAGUGUAUGAGAAGCUCCUCCAGCACAUUCUGGAUGACCUCACAGAGGAGGGCCUCGGCGACCGACACGAGCGGCGGCUGUGCUACGUCAAUGGGCCUGGCACCUGGCCCGAAGUGCUCCGGAGGUUUACUCUCAGAUCAGCAGACAAGCCUGACAGUGCCGUCCCUGAGACCACGGCCGCUGCUGCUGCAUGCCUGGGAUCCCUCGAUGUCAACGAACUGGAGACCCUGCAGCACCUGGAGCUGCUGGAGUUCCUGUGCGAUGAGGUCCUGAACACGGAGAAGAUCAGAGACACUAUGCAGCAGCGAAUGGACGAGAUUGAGGAUGUCUCUCGUGCGAUGCGCGUCACCAUGGGGGAGGAGAAGCGCAAAUUGCGUGAGCUGCUAGAUGCUGAGAAGGAGGAGAGGAAGCGGAAGAGGGAGCAGGAGGCAGCAGCUAAGAGGGCUGCAGAAGAACAGACAGCAACCAAAGUUAGUGCUGGAGUCUCUGACGAGGGAGGUGCCCCUGAGAGCAAGAAGGCCAAAACGGCUGAUCCUGACAGUGACAGUGAAGAGCCUUGUUUUGACCUUCCUGAGGACGUCCGGGAGUUCAAGGGAGACCCAACAGACCGCAAGGCGCUGAUUGCAUUCAGACAACAACAGCAGGCAGAGAAGAGGCGUCUAGAGAAGAAGCGACAGAGGUGGGAGGUGGAACAACACCAGAUGAAGAAGGCCAGGGAGGCCACCAUGCGCUCAGUGUUGGCAGAACAGCAGAGGAAGGCACGGCAGAAGGCUGACGCCGAAGGUGCAGUGACCAAGACGCAGGAGGCCUAUGAGAGGGUCCUAGACAAGUAUGUUAUACGGCGUGUCCCCUUGGGCCUGGACCGUCACCACCGCAAGUACUGGUGGAGCCUUGGAGGUCGGAAGCCCGUGUUGUACGUGGAGGAUACCCUGGGGCGGUGGGGCAGCUACUCCACGAUGGAGGAGCUUGAGAAGCUGCUGGCAUCGCUGGACACACGGGGCAUUCGCGAGGUUGAGCUCCACAAGACCCUGGAAAAGACGCUGCCAAGGAUGGCCAAGGCAAUCAAGAGGGCGAUGUGUGAGCAGAACAGGGCAGUCAGCAAUGCAGAGCGACCACCUUCCAGGGAGCAGCCAAAGAGGGAAGCAAGGAAGGGAAUGCAGAGCAACGGCAUUGCUGUCACAGCAGAAAUGCAUGUGAGCACACCAGCACAGGUGGAAGCUGCUGCGAUAAAUGUCUCCAUCCAGGCACUCAAGGAAAUCGCAGACUUGGCAUGCUCCUGCAAAGUGAAGGGCCCUGCUGGGCGAUGGAAGGCAUGGAGGGAAGGUGUGGACGCACUCAUGACAGCAGGAGCGCACCAGCUUGAGGCCAAGCGAGAGCUGCGAGUCCAUGCCCUGCAGCUGGAGGAGGCCCUCAUAUCUGGCACAGAAGAGGAGGGACGCUACUAUGAUAUGGAGGAAGGGGAGGAAGGGGACGAGGAGGGGGAUGAGGAGAAGGACAGCGAGAACUGCGAUCGCCACAGUGCCUCUUCGAAUGACAGUGCCCAACAGACUGGUGCUGGGGGCAUCGAUGGGAGCGCUGUUGCCAGCGACAGCGGCAGCGAUCUGGAGGGGGACUGUCGUGGCUCGAGCAUGCGAAGGGCAACGGAGGUCGAGGAGUACCUGGAGUCCGAUGAAGAGGACGGCGCACCUGCCUGGUGUGUCUGGCGCGGGGCCCGAGAGCGCAGGUCCUGGCGCCUGGACACGUCGUCCGCUGCCACCAUCUCCCAUGUGGCCUACUGCAUACUGGCCCUCUCAGAAACGGCGGUCCCCGCACUGGAGAAAUUCAAACUGAGGAAGAAAUUGUGA